AUGACAGAAGAUAUAUUCAAAGCCCCGAAGACCAAGCGCUCUUUAGUGAAGAAUGACUAUGAGAGUUACGGAUCUCCUCCUAAGAAACCCAGGACCAGAGAUGAUUUUGUUGCUUUUUGUAACAUAGUAUUACAGUACACACAGUACGAAGCUCAGAGGCAAGAGGAAAUGCGUGCUCAGCACAACCUCAGCCCCCUGGACAGUAUAGGUAGCACAGCUGAGAGUUACUCCUCUGACUCUACCUCCUCCAGUUUUUCCUCGUCUAAUCUGGACAGUUCCCAUGUAGACAGACUUGAUGCAGAAGAUGAUUCCUGGGAGCUGAUCACAUGUCACUGUUUGAAACCGUAUGCAGGCCGACCAAUGAUUGAGUGUUCAGAGUGUGAAACCUGGAUCCAUUUGUCGUGUGCAAAAAUCCGCAAAUCAAACAUUCCUGACACUUUUGUCUGUCAGCACUGCAGAGACUCCAAGUUCACAAUGAGAAAAUCCUCUCGCUCAAGGACUGAAACAAAGCGGAUUAGUGUGUAGCCAUAAACGGGCUGGCUCAUUUCUUCUUAGAGCCCAGGACUACUUUUCCAGAAGCCAUCUUGAUACGGAUCAUUUUGUCUCCCUUUUUAUUCUAUAUCUGUACUACAUUUACCAGACUUGGAAUGAACAGGAGCUGUAUAGGACUCUACUAUGUGUUCAGUGUGUGGGGAAUUCUUGACAGUGGAAGAAUACAGUGGUUGGAGACCUCACUUUGUCAGCAAGUCGUGAAGUGUGAAACCAAUCAAAGUGCUUUUUACAUUCCACGAAUCCUCUUGUGUGUAUGGAUGCGUUAGAGACUUAGAGUGGAUGUUGAAGAUUUGUUUGCAAUGAUUAUUUGAAUGAUGAUGAACAGAUUAUAUUUGAUGAUCAUGUGUGAAAGUGCACACCUAAAGCAGGCAUUGGGACCUUACCGGUUAUAUUGCAUGUUUAUAUGAUAGGUAUACUCAGCUUCAAAGAUCUAUUAACAUAAGGUGGAAUGCCAGAAAUAAAGAUUGCCUACACACAAUGGGAACCAGAUAACUUUUUUAUGACUUUUUAAAAGAUAUCAGAGAUUGUCUUCUAUUUUAGAUGUUGACAGUUGGCUAGCACAACAUGCUAUAACUGUACUGACAGGAUUGGUUGUAGAGUAAUAUUUUCUUUUUGAUGGCAGAUACUGUCUAUAUGUUUAUACUGUAUAUGAUUGUAAACCAGCAUUUCAGCAAUGACUUCCAGUUCAUUUAAACUCCUUUACUAUGGAGGAUUUUCUGUUACUAGACUAACCCUGAUCUGUUUGCUUUACCUGAAGAGCAGUUCAUGGAAAUAUCGUCUCAUGAAUUGCGUACAAUAUGGUUCAUGCUCAGUGCACAUCUUUUGUAAAUAUGUCAAUAGCAUGUGUGUCUAGAAGUGUGAUCUCUCCCUUCAUGUCCAUAUUUACAUCCCACAAAUCAAUGUCUCUUAGUCAUAACAUUUCUGAAAUCCCCCAACCCCAGCCUUCCUGUGUAAAUAUUACUUUUUGUCUACUGUGUAAUCCUCUGUGGCUGCACUCAGUGAAGAUGCCCUAAUAUCAUUCAUCGUUAAGUUUUAUGGCAGUUGCAUUUUUUAUAUGCAGCUUGUAUAAAUGUAACUUUUGCAUUUAGUUUGUUUUAUGUGCAGUACAGUGAUACUUAGUUAAAUGACACAAAUUGUUUAUAUUGAGAUAGACUUUUACUGUUGAAUACCCAAGGUUGUACUGUUUCAAUAUACUGGGGCAACAGUAUUGUUUUUGAAUGCACUGAAGGAAUGAUGUGUUCUGCAAGACCUGAACAACCGUGUAUACAGCUAUUCUUUUGUAGUAUUUUGAGUAUAUGCACUUAAAAUAAUAGCCAUACCAUUCACUUCUGAAUUUAAAAUUGACCAUGCACUAUGUUCCCAUGUUUCAAGAAAACAAUCCAUGGACACUGAUACAGUAAAUACCAGUUUUCAAGUACACUGUACUAGUUUUCUUUCUUGACGAAUAAACCAUAAUGUGUCAGUGAUGUGUUUAUGUUUGGUGUCAGAGAGAUCAUUGUCUGUUUGGUCACCAGUUAGCUUUUGUUACCAAAACGUAACAUAUUAUGGAAUCUCUAUUGUACUUAAAUUUUGGAUGAUAAAUAAUCUUACCCUCUGAUAUGAUUCAGUGUAUUAAUAUACAUGUGCAAACAAACACUUGGGUGCACAGUGCCUGAAAGGAUAGGUCAGUUUGAUAUUUAUUUCUCUAAAAUGUACAUGGAUAAGUCUAAGCAUCUUCAGAACCAUUUAUUGUGUUCCUCAGGUGUUUGUUACAUUCAAAUAUGGCAGUUGAAAGUGUAAUAAAGAGGCUAAGGUAA